ACAUGCUGUGUAAGUUGGAUGAGCAAUUGUUUACUUGAACAUGGUCCAGAUCCAUUCCAUUCUCUUAUAGUCCCGCGAAUUUCUUCUCACUCUGUCUUCUGGUUCUGCUUUGGUCGUUACUCCUCUCUCAGAAAGCAGAAAAAAAAAUAAAAAGUACGCACUGUAGCAAUGGCUGUGAGUAUGGAAAAUGCAAGUACAUCCAGCUUAGCGAGAACGAAAUCGGAUCAGCUAGCGGAGUUGGCGGCGGAGGCAACAGGUGUGAAGUCGCCGCCGUCGGCGGAGGGUGGCGGAACGCUAUCAAGGAAAUCGAGCCGGAGGAUGAUGGCGGCGUCGCCGGGUCGCGGCGGGGGGAAAAACGCGCACAUAAGAAAGGCAAGGAGCGCUCAGUUGAAGGUUGAGGUGGAUGAGGUUAACAGCGGCGUGGCUCUAAGCCGAGCUUCGAGUGCCAGCUUGGGGCUCUCAUUCUCCUUCACCGGCUUCACUCUGCCUCCUGAUGAAAUCGCCGAUUCCAAACCUUUCAGCGACGACGAUAUCCCGGAGGAUAUUGAAGCAGGAACUCGUAAGCCGAAGUUUCAGACUGAACCUACUCUGCCAAUAUAUCUGAAGUUCACUGAUGUGACCUACAAGGUGGUGAUUAAAGGCUUAACUACAACUAAGGAGAAGGAUAUCCUGAAGGGGAUCACUGGUUCUGUAAAUCCUGGGGAAGUUUUGGCAUUGAUGGGUCCUUCAGGAAGUGGAAAGACGUCUUUGUUAAAUCUGCUAGGAGGAAGGUUAAUUCAGUCCACAACUGGUGGCUCUAUCACUUACAAUGACCAACCUUAUUCCAAGAUCCUAAAGAGCAGGAUUGGAUUCGUGACACAAGAUGAUGUUCUGUUUCCUCACCUUACUGUGAAGGAAACAUUGACAUAUGCAGCCCGCCUAAGAUUGCCAAAUAAAUUAACGAAAGAGGAAAAGGAAAAACGAGCUUUAGAUGUCAUCGAUGAGCUGGGAUUGGGGAGGUGUCAAGAUACUAUGAUAGGAGGUUCCUAUGUUCGAGGAAUAUCUGGUGGAGAGAGGAAGAGAGUUUGUAUUGGCAAUGAGAUCAUAAUCAACCCUUCUCUUCUGUUUCUUGAUGAACCAACUUCUGGUUUGGAUUCCACAACAGCCUUAAGGAUAGUUCAAAUGCUACAAGACAUAGCAGAGGCUGGCAAAACCGUAGUGACAACAAUUCAUCAGCCAUCAAGCAGACUCUUCCAUAAAUUUGAUAAGUUGAUCCUUCUAGGAAAAGGGAGCUUGCUAUACUUUGGAAAAGCAUCCGAAGCAAUGGACUAUUUCCAGUUUAUAGGGUGUACACCUCUUAUUGCCAUGAACCCUGCAGAGUUUUUACUAGACCUUGCAAAUGGAAACGUAAAUGACAUUUCUGUACCAUCAGAGUUAAAGGAUAAAGUGCAGAUGGGAAAUGCUGAAGCUGAAACAUGCAAUGGGAAACCAUCAGCUUCAGUUGUACAAGAGUAUCUGGUGGAGGCAUAUGAUUCUCGAGUUGCAGAAAUAGAGAAGACAAAGUUAAUGGUUCCUGUCCCCCUUGAUGAAGAAGUGAAGUCUAAGGUUUGUUCUUACAAAAGAAAUUGGGGAGCAAGUUGGUUUGAGCAAUUUUCUAUAUUGUUUUCCAGAGGAUUCAAAGAAAGGAGACAUGACUAUUUUAGCUGGUUGAGAAUCACCCAAGUUCUUUCCACUGCUGUCAUAUUAGGAUUACUCUGGUGGCAAUCAGAUGCUAAAAACCAAAAAGAUUUGCAAGAUCAGGCAGGACUGCUUUUCUUUAUUGCUGUAUUUUGGGGAUUCUUUCCUGUGUUCACUGCAAUAUUCACAUUUCCUCAAGAGAGAGCCAUGCUGACAAAGGAACGAACAACGGAUAUGUACAGACUAAGUGCAUAUUUCAUGGCUAGAACAACGAGUGACCUUCUACUAGACCUGGUUUUACCAGUGUUUUUCCUCCUUGUUGUUUAUUUCAUGGCCAGUUUGAGACUCAGUGCAGGGCCUUUUUUCCUCAGUAUUCUUACAGUUUUUCUCUGCAUCAUAGCAGCUCAGGGACUUGGACUUGCUAUUGGGGCCACACUAAUGGACUUGAAAAGGGCAACAACUUUGGCUUCAGUAACUGUGAUGACUUUCAUGCUGGCUGGAGGCUUUUUUGUGAAGAAAGUCCCUAUAUUUAUAUCUUGGAUUCGUUACAUAUCUUUCAACUACCAUACGUACAAACUAUUGCUCAAGGUUCAAUAUGAACACAUGACACCUACCAUAAAUGGGAUUCGAAUUGACAGUGGAUUCACAGAAGUUGCUUCUCUGAUAGCCAUGGUUUUUGGUUACCGUUUAUUGGCAUAUGUUUCUUUACGGCGGAUGAAACUUCAAGCUGGAAGUUAAGACAAUCAAUUCAGGCAUAUAUAUAGCAUGGUCUGAGUUGGAAAUGCACAUGACGGCUCAUAAUUAUAGAAAUGUAAGGAGUAGCAAGUGAAGUGCACUUAGUUUGUCUAAUUAAUCUCAUGAAUUAUAUUACAUUUAGCAUGUUCAACAAAAGCAUGCAUGCCGAAUGUUAUCACAGGCGCAUCAGUAUGAGAUGCUUUUUGAAAUUAUUUAACUCUUAGGAUGAAUGACUCUUCUUAUUAGAUGUGUUUCAUUAACAAAAGUUUGCAACUCUGGUAGCCAGAAUUAAAGGUUUCAUUAACUAAAGUUUGCAACUCUUCUUAUUA